ACAUAAUUUCGAAAUACCAAAUCUUGGUCAUGCCGAGAAAGAGAGAGAAAGAGAGUUUCCGAAAGCUGAAUUGAGUUGGGUGAAGCAAAUUCUCAGGAUGGGAAGAGGAAAGAUAGAAAUAAAGAGGAUAGAGAACUCAACAAAUCGACAAGUGACGUUUUGCAAAAGAAGAAAUGGACUUCUGAAGAAAGCCUAUGAGCUUUCAGUCCUUUGCGAUGCAGAAGUUGCGCUCAUUGUCUUCUCCACUCGUGGCCGUCUCUAUGAGUACGCCAAUAACAACAUAAGAUCAACCAUUGAAAGGUACAAGAAAGCUUGUUCUGAUAGCACCAACACUAGCACUGUCCAAGAAAUCAAUGCCGCGUACUAUCAACAAGAAUCUGCAAAGCUGAGACAACAGAUCCAAACAAUUCAAAAUUCCAACAGGAAUCUGAUGGGAGAAUCUUUGAGUUCCUUAAGUGUCAAGGAACUAAAACAAGUUGAGAAUCGCCUUGAAAAAGCUAUCUCUAGGAUCAGGUCUAAGAAGCAUGAGUUGCUUCUAGUUGAAAUCGAAAACGCGCAGAAAAGGGAGAUUGAGCUUGAUAAUGAGAAUAUCUAUCUACGAACUAAGGUAGCAGAAGUGGAGAGGUAUCAACAACACCAUCAUCAAAUGGUUAGUGGUUCAGAGAUCACCGCCAUCGAAGCUUUAGCCUCACGCAAUUACUUUGCUCAUAGCAUUAUGACUGCUGGUUCUGGUUCUGGUAAUGGAGGUUCUUACUCUGACCCCGACAAGAAAAUCCUUCAUCUCGGUUAAUCUCGUGGGCGAAAAACCGAGCUGCAAUAACGGUUUAUAUAGCUCUGCAUUCUGAGAUUCCUGCUCAGAUUUAUCUACAUAUAAAAUAUGUUUUGGUUUAUGAUAAUAAUUCAAAGUACAAUGAAGGUAUUGAUCCUUC